AACCAAGAUGGGGAAUCAGUGUUUCAGUGCAGCCAGCAUCGUUGACUUUCUGGAGAUGACAAGUCAUCCGGACUUCUCAAACCUGAUUGAAAAAGAGCACGCCCAAGUUCUCGCCGCAAAACUACCAGGUACCUUUGCUAAUUUUUCAAGACCGCAAAAUUCAUCAAAGAAUCGAUACAACGAUAUUCCGUGUUGUGAUCACUCUCGAGUGAUUUUAUUACCACACACUGCAAAAUAUGAUAAUAACGACUCGGAUUCGUCACAGAUAAUCUUAAAACCAGCAGAACUAGCAUCAACUUAUAUACAUGCCAAUUUUGUUGAUGGAUUUAAGGAGAAAAAAAAAUUCAUUUGCUGCCAAGCUCCGAAAAAAAACACGGUCGACGACUUUUGGAGGAUGAUUUUCGAGCAAGAAUCUCAUAUUAUUGUAUCAUUAACGAAAACAGAUAAAGGAGGUUUCGUGUGCUAUGAAUAUUGGGCCAACGCAGAGGAUAAUGUAAAAGUAUUGGGAAGAUAUGUUAUAAGAACCCUUAAAAUUAUUCAAGAGGAAAGUUUCACCAGAACACGAUUAAGACUCACUGAUCUGAUCAGUGGUACCUCACGGGAGAUCUAUCACUUUUGGUAUACCAAUUGGCCUGACUACGGUACUCCCACCAAUUCGGCGGAAAUUCUGGACCUAAUACUGCAGGUGAACCUAAAACAGGAAGAGUUGACCCAAGCAGCAGACUCUAAACCAGGACCGAUCGUGGUCCACUGCACAGCAGGAGUCUGUCGAACAGGAACGUUUUGCACCAUAGACAAUGCACUAUCACAGUUACGGAAAGAACAAACAGUGUCUCUACCGCAGACGGUGCUCAAAAUACGGAAACAAAGACAUUCGAGUGUCUUUCUUCUUGAACAGUAUGCAUUCUGUUACAAAGUGUUGAGAAAUGCCUUAACAACGGAAGUGAUAAAACAAAUAUUAUAUUAAGUGGUGCUCUGUGAUGUGAAGUGAUAUGCAACUCAAUGGAACCCAAGACAAUAGUGCAGCUAAUAACUUGUAAGUUUGUCGAUCUGAUAAUUAUGUACACUUUAUUGUAAUUAGAUGUUGUGUGUCCUCUGCUCAAGUAUUUUUUAAGAUAAUCUUAUGUUAUACGCAUGAUCUAAUGACAGAACCUACCGCAUAGCCGUUUGUCUCUACUUCUGAUGAAUUUUUGAUGUCCCACCGGAAACAGUUAUUGAAAUACUUGAUUUAUAGAUACUUUAUUUGAGGAAGUAUUAAAACCGUAGUUAUGGAUUCUUAACAGGCGUUGAUGUAAUGAUUACUAGGUAUUACAAUUCAAGUCCGAUGCUAAUA